AUGGCCCCGCCGGUCGCCAAAGCGGCCCCCGCGGCGCCGGCGCCGGCUGACGGGGAUGUGCCAGAUCUGGAUGAUCUGGGUGACAGGGGCAUCAACGAGAUCCCCGCAAACAUCACCGAGCUGGUGGAAGACUUGCCAGAGCAGGUCGCGGUAGAGCUGCGCCAGGGGGACCUGCACAGCUGCCUGUCUCGCAUGGUGCGCGCCGCCAACGCCCGCGAGCAGGCCGGCCGCGUCGCCGACGCCAACAGCAUGCGCUCGGCGUACGCCCAAGUCCAGCACGCGCUGCAGCGCGCGCAGAAGCGCGGGCUCCUCAAGGGCCUGAAGCUUAUCAUUGGGGCGCUGCGGGAGCUCCUCGCGUGCAUGGGGGACGAGCAGCCCCCCAGCGGCUCGGCGGCAGGGGACAGCGCGAGCUGA